AAUCCAUAUAACCGUAGUUCCUCUUAUGAAGCGUGCGUCGCUGCUUUGAAUAGUGUACUACCGUAUCCUCCCAGCCUGCCUCUGUUCAAAGGAGCCCUUUCGCAGAAGACUUCAACCCCCACAAUCCCACUCGCGCGCAUGCGCCCUAAGCUCACAGUUGUCAAAGUGCUCUUGCAAUUUCUAUUUAUCAUAUACCAAACCCGAAAGAAGGAAAUAGACACACACUGUCCCUACCUUUCAUUGAUCUUUAAAAACAGAACGCUCAAAAGCUGCGCAAACCAUGCAGGAUGAUUUACUGAUGGACAAAAGCAAAGUCCAGCCUCAGCAGCAGCAGCAGCAGCAGCAGCAGCGGCAGGAUCCGAACGCAGCAGAAGCUCCUUCUACACCCAUCACGUCAGAGACACCCAAACCGGAGGACAGCCCAGUGACCAGCAUCGGCUCAGCGGCGGCUCCUGCCCCAAACAGCAAAGAGAAGAUGCAAAUGGAGUCUCCCAUCUUGCCGGGUUUAAGUUUCCACCAGCCUCAGCAGGAGCCUCCAGCCGCCGGCACGUCCUUGUCUCCCUCCUUCGGAAGCAGUUGGUCUACAGGGACCACAAACGCAGUGGAGGAUAGCUUUUUCCAAGGGAUUACCCCGGUGAAUGGGACGAUGCUUUUCCAAAAUUUCCCCCAUCAUGUCAACCCCGUUUUUGGAGGCACUUUCUCCCCCCAGAUUGGCCUAGCUCAGACUCAGCACCACCAACAGCAGCAGCAGCAACAACAGCAGCAACAAGCACAGCAGCAACAGCAGCAAAGGAGGUCGCCGGUCAGCCCUAACCAGGCGUCUUUUGCCCAGAGAAACGCUGCUUACAGCCAUCAGCCCAUCAUGACCAGCAAACCUUCCUCCUCUUCCACCGCUGCCACCUCUUCUCCUUCCAGCUGGAAUAACCAUCAAAAUGCAGCUUGGAGUACGCCUUCCAACCCUUGGGGUGGGCUGCAAGCUGGCAGGGACCCUCGAAGGGCAGUCGGCGUGGGGGUUGGCGUGGGAGUUGGCGUUGGGGUGCCAUCCCCGCUCAACCCCAUCUCACCUCUGAAAAAGCCUUUUUCUACCAAUGUUAUUGCCCCACCGAAAUUCCCCCGGGCUGCUCCUCUAGCUCCAAAAUCCUGGAUGGAAGACAACGCCUUCAGGACAGACAAUGGCAAUAAUCUGUUGCCUUUUCAGGACCGGAAUCGGCCCUAUGAUACUUUUAACUUGCACUCUUUGGAAAACUCAUUAAUGGAUAUGAUAAGGACUGAUCAUGAACCUCUUAAAGGUCGUAUGGGCAUAAAUUUUCAUCAUCCGGGAACAGAUAAUAUUAUGACACUCAAUACCAGGAGCUAUGGGCGGAGACGAGGUCGAUCUUCACUAUUUCCUUUUGAAGAUGGCUUUUUGGAUGACAGUCAUGGUGACCAGUCUUUAUCAUCAGGUCUCAACUCCCCAACCCGCUGUCAGAAUGGUGAAAGAGUCGAACGCUAUUCUAGGAAGGUGUUUGUUGGAGGGCUGCCCCCUGACAUCGAUGAAGAUGAAAUCACUGCUAGCUUUCGUAGGUUUGGACCUCUUGUGGUGGACUGGCCUCACAAAGCUGAAAGCAAGUCAUAUUUUCCACCUAAAGGUUACGCUUUUCUGCUAUUCCAGGAAGAAAGCUCUGUCCAAGCUCUGAUAGACGCCUGUCUAGAAGAAGAUGGUAAACUUUAUUUAUGUGUAUCAAGUCCCACUAUUAAGGACAAACCAGUAAGUAAAAUUAUAACGUCAGAGCUUGGGAGAAAGGCGGCAUAUAAAUCUAAUAAAUCUCAAUCUCAAUCUCUUAUAGUUGAACUAGCUAUGAUUAUGGAUCGUUUGUAUGGAGGAGUCUGCUAUGCUGGCAUUGAUACAGACCCAGAGUUGAAGUACCCCAAAGGUGCUGGCAGAGUGGCUUUCUCCAAUCAGCAGAGCUAUAUUGCCGCUAUUAGUGCACGCUUUGUCCAGCUCCAGCACAAUGACAUCGAUAAACGGGUGGAAGUAAAGCCAUACGUGCUUGAUGAUCAGAUGUGUGAUGAAUGCCAGGGUACUCGCUGUGGCGGAAAAUUUGCCCCGUUCUUUUGUGCCAAUGUUACCUGCUUGCAGUAUUACUGUGAAUACUGUUGGGCGAGCAUUCAUUCUCGGGCUGGACGGGAGUUCCACAAGCCGCUCGUGAAGGAAGGAGGCGACCGGCCCCGCCACGUGCCCUUCCGUUGGAGCUGAGGCCCGGGCCGAAGGCCAGCAGUACUGGAGCCAACUGGAUUGAAGGGGGAACGGAGUGCUGCCUCAGGGCUUUUGGUGUUCUGGAAAUCUGUGCAUUCAUCCUUGACUUUAAUGAAGAGAUGGGUCUUUUUAUUAUGAUGAUGGUUAUGAUUAUAAUGAUGAUGAUUAUGAUUAUUUACAGUCACAUUACUGAACGCUACGUCCAGUAUAAUACAAGCCUAGCAGAGUGUAACUGUACUGAUUUUGCACUUUGAUUCACACAAACACAUCUGCUUGGUACCUUAAUUUCUUACCGGAGACUUGUCACGGCUAACAAUAAGUAGACUGCUAUCUAUGGUUCAUCAGCCUCCAUUGGGUUGGUGUAUAUGUGAUUAAGACUUUUUAUUUUUAUUUUUAAAUUAUGUACUUUUAUUUUGAAACUGGAGCAUGCACUUAUUUUCAGAAACUUUGAUUUGCCCCCCCAGCACAUGAUUUACCAAAGGUAACACUUGCAAGGAGGUGGCAGAUGUAGCAAAAACUUACAAUGGAUAUUCAGCAAUCAUUCAGAGUAGGAAUAACCCUAAACGAUAUUUAGUUGCUCUCUAUUUUUACUGAUGAUAAGGAUGAUACCUCAUAAGCCGGAUCGCAUUUUCUCCACCCCACACCCGCCCCACCUCCCCCACCCCGUUUUCUGUUGUGCUGAGGGUUUCCUAUUUGUUUAGGCCUUUUAGUGUUAUGUAAGUGUAUGCUGCAAUAGCUUUUGCUGCUAUUAAGAGGGUAUUACUAAUACCACAUUACUCUAUUCAAGCUAGGGUAUAUCGUUGAAAAAAAGAUAAGCGUGUGAUUUAAAACAGUGAUGGCUGCUGAAAAGAAGAUCAGUGGAGCACUCGGAACGCUUCCAAGGAUGGUCAAUGGUUUUGACUGCAUGUUUAUAACCAGGUUGACGCAUGCAAUAAUUUUUUUUUUAUAGAUGUCGAAUACAAAAACUUGCCCACCGCGUACCAAUUAAGAUUCUAUGUAGGCUACAAAGUACUCAAUAAAAUAAUUUAAAACACACACACGCGCACACACAGACACAUACGCACAGGUUACUGACUGGAGGAAGGCAUGACUAAGUCUAUAUAGAUGCUUCUGAAAUUAAAAUCAGCCCGUAGCCGUAUCACCUAUAUUACAACAAGAUAUUUUUUUAAAAAAAGAAUAGAUGUAGAAAUAUCCUUAAAACAGAUUUGUGAAUGAUAGACGAAGUACUUUGCGGUGCUCUGCUCUAUAUUGUGCAAUUUAUUUUAUAUAUAGUAAAGUGAUUAUGUCUAGUACUGUGAUCAAACUUAACUGUUUAAGCCUCUAUGUCUACCAUUCACACUCUCUUGAAAGUUCAACCAUAGACACAAGUACAUAUGCACACCCACAAAAGAAGUGUUGAGCUCUUAGUUCCUGUCUCAUAAAGGCUGGCGCUAUUUAUGUAGCUGCGGCUCCAUGUCCAGGGAACCAAAGAGCUCACGCCAGCAUAUGUAAACUACCAGCUUCGAUUGCGUCUGAUAAAACGGGGGCACCUUUUUGAUUGGGAAUAGCGGUGCUAAAGAAAUGUCUGCGUACAAAAAUUAAACUUGGGUAUGAUAUUUAAUUUCUUAAAUCCUGGAUGUAUCCUGUGAAGCUUGAAUAUAUUUGAAAUCUAACCUGAACAGUGGACAUUUUUUUAGCAUAUAAUAUGGGGCUACAAGGCAAACGCAUAAACACAUGUUGGUGUGCUAUUUAUGAAAAUGUGAGAAUGUGUACAUUAUUUUUUCUGGGUUUUCUGUGGGUUCCUUCUCUGCCCCCCCACCCCAUCCCUAGUUUUGGAAGUCUGGGGACAGUCUUGACUGGAUAUGGCGCCGCCUAGUAGGUGUUGAAAUGUCCCCAUUUUGAGUGUUGUGAUGGCCUUGUUGAUGUUGUAACUUUCUACAUUUUCUUUUUGUAUUCGGUUGGAAUUAUUGGCUUGCGGGUGGGAGGGGGAGAAAAUAUUUCUCUGUUGAAAAAAAAAAUAGUUUUUUACUGGUUUAAAAAUAAUUCAUUCUUCUUGGUAUCCCUUUUUGCAAUUUCUCCUGGGCAUUUUUCUGAUAUUGCUUUAUCUAGCCCAGCAAUCUAUUUCGAUUCGUUUGGGGUUUUCUUCUUAUUUUCCCUUUCUUUUUUUCAUCUAUACAAGAUUUGUUAUGCACUACUUUUUGUAACUAGACAGUUUUCAAUAGUUGGCAGAUUAUUGUUUUUUAAAAGAAAAAAAAGGCAUGCUUUCUGACUGACAUGAUCUUUUGCAAUACCUCAAUUUUGAAAUAUAGGAAAGAAAAUAUUUUCUAAGUAAGUUUAUUCAGAAAAAAAAUAUAUAUUAAUUUAAUUCUGUGAGGAAAUGAUUUAACAGAUGGGUAACUUUAUUUUUUUCAUGCUUAUUUGCGUUUUUGAAAAUGAAGAAGUUAGAGCUUUAUAACUGUGUUUGAAGAUCAUAGCUAUCCUACCGAAGUCUACCUAAUUAUGUGAAACAAUUAAAACAUUGAUGAAGAAAUCUCCCUUUUCCACAUACAAACAUAGCUGGGAAGAAAGGAGAAAAGGGGGGAAAGUUAUGUAAAACAAUGAGAUUAAAAUGAGUACAGCGAGGAAAUUUAAAAAAAAAAAAACUGCUUUGGUGCUGGAAAGUUGUGAACAGAAGGUGGAAAACCUGUUUUGCCCUUAAUUUGUAUAUUUAUAAUCAAGCGAUUAUGCACGACUGACCAGAAUUGUGAGAGUUCUUCUGUUUGUAUUUUUUUAAAGAUAAUUUUUAGUUUAUUAAAUUAUAACAAGGUCCCCUUUUGUUUUGUAAAUGAAUGUGCCCCCCCCACCCCCCCAGGUUGUUAAUAUAUCUUACCCCCGUUAUUCUAAGAGGGUCCUUCGAGAAAAGAAGUUAUUUUUUAAAACAAAAGUGUUCUGAACUACAACUGGAUGAAGGAGCCCCCCCCCUGGGUACCACCGGCCCACGCGUGGCCUUCCCUCCGUGCGAGACUUGAACUAGUCGGUUUUCUUUUUGAAAGCAACUUAACCUCGACUUAUUUGUUGUUAUGUGCAAUACUGUUUGUACCGUUUGUAUAAAAAAAGAAAAAGGAAAAAGAAAAAAGGCAUAAAUCUUUAUUGCAAAUUUAUUUUCAUUGCAAACUUUAGACAUUGUGAUUCACGAAGAUCAUUUUUCUACUGUCAAAAUAUGUACCU